GCGCUCUCGACCUGUGCUUAGAUUGGACUCACAGAGCGUUGUAUUUCAUCCGCCUUCUCUCUCUGUGUCCUGCCGUGCCGACAUGUCUCGAUAAUGAGGGAUGGAACUCAUCUGAGCCCCAGCCCUCAUUACCCCAGGCCGUCGACAUGGAAAAGCACGGAGACAAGGAAAGCCACACAAAGCAUGUUGCCACACAAACCACAAGCCUCCCACACGAUCAGAACUUGCCACAAGCACCCCUAUCUCUUCCUCUCCAUCCGUCUAUUCUCAUCCCACAUUCAUGGCGGUGGACGCACUCGCCCCGACAUCAAAAGCGUUCUUGGUGCCUGCAGGUGCACCCUUAGCAGCGCCACUAGAGGAUGCCCCCCCGCCACUCUUCACUCCACUAGCACCACCCGUAGUCGUCUGUGUCCUUGCUGUGCCGCUUGUGGCCCCUCCUGUCGGCGCCGCUCGCGUGCCGCUCUCCUUGGCCUGUGAGGGCGGCUGUGCGGGGGCCGGCCUGACGGGUGUUGGGGGGAGGAGGGGGAUGAUGUGAGCAUUGAGCUCCUGCCAGGUGUGGAUGAGCAGCUGAGCGCGCUUGGUGACGUCGCUCUGCUGGCCUUCGAUGGAGCUCGUCUCCUUCUCGAGUGUCUCGAGCUUGGCCUCUUGCUCUCUAAUGGCCUUCUCGAGGUCGGGACGCACCUUGAGCGUGUUGAUGUCGCGCGACAGGGCCUCGUAGUGCAACAGAUCGAUGCGCCGCCUCUUCUCGCGCUGGUAGUCCUCGCCGGCCUUCUCGAGCUGCUGCGUGAGGUCGCGUGUGCGCUUGGCGGCAUCGUCGCUGUUGGUGGUGCGGUCCUCGGUCUCCUUGCCGAAAAUGGUGAGGCGGAAGGCGCAUCGCUUGAAGGCCAUCUCGCAGUAGUCGAAACAUCUCUCCAGAUCCUCAUAGUUGCUCUUCCAUGACUGCACGACAUGGACAGUCUACACACGAGGUGCACUACAUGUACGUUAAUAAGUUUUCCUGUCCUUGCCUGUCCUGCUGACCUUGAGGGCUGCCUCAACUUCCAGCUUCUCUUGGUCGGACACCGGUGGCGUGUUGGGAUGCCAGCUCGAUGCACCCCUCUGCGACGGCAGCAGGGAGCAGCCCGCCACCACAAACCGCUUCAGAUACUCCCUGCCGCCUUGGCUCUCGUCCCACAUGAUCUCGUCCUUGACCGCAUUCUGCCUGCUGAUGCCGCGGUCCUCCUCGGUGUGCACCUUUGGCGGUGCCGGCGCCUUCUUAUGCUCGCGGUCUCUCCGCAUUGCGGGAGCCUCCUUGAGGCGCUGGUGCGGGGCGUGAGCGCUGUCCAUCGAGCUGGCGGGGGCAGGCCGCCACGAGCUGCUCCUCUCG